AUGGCACAACAUCUUCGAGGUAACGAUUCGUUGGCACAGGUUAUUAAUACGUCGCCCCCGCACCAGCAACAGCAGAGGCAGGAGAUCACAGUCGCCCAGAUUUCUCCAGACGCAGUCGAUGAAAUUAUAGGACGAUACAAGAAAUUUCCCAAGUCGGCAUCAGAUGAACUGGAUGAGUUUCGUGGUUGGCUGAUGGUGCUCAACACACUGACGGCCUCCAUGACAUGGAACGCAGCGCUCAACCCACCCGGUGGUGUCUGGCAAGCCGAUGAUGCCGCCAAUGGCUAUGUCGCGGGCAGCUCGGUUUUCCGUGACAAAAACAUCGUCAGAUACCACUUAUUUGAAACGUUCAACAAUUUGGGCUUCUACUCAUCCCUUCUCAUUCUCGUGCUUCUUUGCAUUAACUGGGUAUUCAGGAAGAUACAUAUCAUGGUUAUCAACAUCCUCGUGUCCACGGACCUCGUAAGCCUGUAUGCAACGUUCUUUCUCGGCAGCUCAGUGAAUAAGAAAGAUUCUCCCCUUAUGCAACGUUCUUUCUCGGCAGCUCAGUGCAUAUACAUUAUUCGUAAUUGUAUACCUCACAUGGCUAAUGCGAAAGCCGAGAGUGUAGUUAUAGAACCCAUCAACUAUUAUGCAUAA